GCAGGCACACACACACACAUCCACACACCUUCUUGGCACACAGUCACCUGCACACACGCGAACACACACAUUGGCGUGGUGGGAGCCUUUAACUGAUAAGGCAGGUAAUUAAAAACCUUCUUACAUAUUCGUAACGCAUUCUCUCCCGGAAGCCUGUCGAACAGGCUCGACUUAAAAAACUGCCAUAGCCUUUCACACAUCACCUCACCUCAUACCCAAACCGGAUUCCCCAGACCACUAAAGGGGCCAGACCGGGACCCCACCCGGCAGGACCUUCAGCGCUGAACCUGACAAACCCGUGAGAGACGUUUUGGCACCAGAUGACCAAGCUGCCCCCACUGCACCUGUGCCCCACGGCGUCGGAGUGCCCCUCACCACUGCCAUCCUCCCAGCAUCAGCUCCCAGCCCCGAUGAGCCCUGACUCCAGCUGACAGUGGAGACAGGAGACAGCAGGACCGGUGCAAUGAAAGAGUGCACCAUGACAGUAUUGGUCCAGCACCCAAUCUCAGGCACUCGCCCCCAUGUUGGUGUCCUUUCGCGAGAACUGACCCACAAUGCUGUGGUGACCAUGGGCAGUCCCGACAGGGGCGAGGUGGCCAGCUCUCUACACUCGCCCCGGGUUGGCUUUGCUGAGACCCCCCUCACAUCCCUGGAGCGGGACGCCUGGGAGCUGGAGGACACCAAGCCGCCCCGGGAUCUGGCCGGGGCCACAGAGCGGGGCCUGCCCGGGCUCUACCUGUCCUGCUUCGACAUGCUGGUCACCGAGGACGCCACCUGGCUGCUCAAGGUUUCAGAGACGGCGCCCCCUUCCUCCAGCCCCCGGCCCGAGCAGUGCCCCGUCAUCGACAGUCAGGGGCUGGGGCUCUCCCUGGGCCUAGACGGCCAGAUGGAGGAACGCUCCUUAGAGCAGGUCCAGAGCAUGGUGGUGGGAGAGGUGCUGAAGGACAUCGAGACGGCCUGCAAGCUGCUCAACAUCACGCCAGACCCCAUGGACUGGAACGUGGGGAACGUCCAGAAGUGGAUGCUGUGGACAGAGCACCUGUACAGAUUGCCUCAAGUGGGGAAGGCUUUUCAGGACCUCAACGGCAAGGACCUGUGUGCCAUGAGUGAAGAGGAGUUCAGACAGAGGAACAUACAGUGUGGGGAUGUGGUCUACGCUCACCUGGACAUCUGGAAGUCUGCGGCGUGGAUGAAGGAGCGGUGCUCUCCAGGAGACAGCAAGUUCUCAGGUGGGGAGGAGCUGUGGUCGGAGGCAGACUCCUUCUGCUCCGGGCAGCCCAUCCAUCUGUGGCAGUUCCUCCGGGAGCUCCUGCUCAAGCCACACAGCUACGGCCGCUGCAUCCGCUGGCUCAACAAGGAGAAAGGCAUCUUCAAAAUAGAAGACUCAGCCCACGUAGCGAGGCUCUGGGGCAUCAGGAAAAACCGUCCGGCCAUGAACUACGACAAGCUGAGCCGGUCCAUCCGCCAAUACUACAAGAAGGGAAUCAUCCGGAAGCCUGACGUGUCUCAAAGACUGGUCUACCAGUUUGUCCAUCCAGUAUGAAGAGGCCAGUGAGGGAGUGUUGGAGCUAGAGCCUGCAAAGACUGUAGCAGGGAGGGAAUUGGACUGGAAUUGAACAAGCGUAUUCACCAAAUCUCUCCAUCUUCUCUCUGAACACUCAAAAAAGGGGGGAAAAAACUAGCAAUCUACAGCACUCCUUCAGUUGAGGACCCCCCACCCUGGAGUAGGCCAUACACUCCCUUUCUUAGCACCAUGUUAUUGUCAGGGGAUGAAGUACAGUAUGUUCCCUCCACACCAAUGAAGACAAAAAUGCAUGAACUGCAUUCAUCUGAAUCAUAUGUAAACUGCCUUGUUUCCCAAUUCGCAUUAUCUGCCUGUUCCUGUGUUUUAGGGAUUUUACAUUAUUUGUUUGGUGAUUAGCAUGUAGGGUUCUUGUCUUUUGGUUUUCAAUAUUCAAUGUUACAGAGCUCUAUUUUUAUAAAGAGGCCUUUAUUGUGGUUUUUUUUGUUUGUUUGUUCAUUUGUUUUUUCUUCGCAAGACUCAAUGUGGCAACUGCACCCAAAUUAGCCAAAGUUUAAACAUUUCAAUUCCUAGACCACAGAACUGCAAUAAGUUCCAGUUCCAGCCAUGUGCUCCUAAGGCUUAAACAGGUUUAACCAGCUUUAUUGGAGUUGGUUGCAAUUGCCCCAUUGUGUACUAUAAUUUAUAUUAUCUGCUUUUCUGUGAUAAUAGGUUUGGUGUUUAGUCUUGGAGGCGUUUUCCUCUUCCAUAUGCCUUUUAACAUCCCAUUCCCUGAUAAAGAAUUACCUGUAGCACUCCAGCCCUUCCUAUAUCUCUACUCAGCACUGAGAAAAAUAUGUAUAGUACUUUAAAAUCACAGAUACUGCGAAGACUACUGCCCUCUGCGGACCAAAAGGCAGAAGAUGACUCCAAAAGGCACACAAUAUUAAUGUUACAAAAUAGUAGUACUUUCAUAAAAAGGUUAGGACUAUUUACUUAAAAAACCGAUAGUGUUUAUACGAUAAAUUGACGCUUUAUUAAAGCGGUAUUAAGCCACGCCAAAACCGCUUGGUUGUUCUGCUCCCGAUAGGUGACAACAAAGUUGAUCCAUAACUCAAUGUUUGCUUUAAUUUAUGAUGUAUGCUUUUCUACCUUUAAUGGCUUGCACCACGCAUCGAUACGAAACACGUCAAAUCAGGUUUACACAAUGGAGGUUAUACAAGGCCAGCUAAUGGAGUUUUUUUCACGUUAAAUAAGAACAAACGGCAGGCGCCCAUUCAUUCAUCAUCCAUUUGAUGUGUUCGUCUACUUGUUUCUUCCAUUUAGCAAGUGCACAUUUCCCAUUCAUAGACUCGCAGCUUUGCCUGUACUCCUAAUGGAAUGUUUAUUUUACUAACGAAAAUAUAUUAGACAGUAGGUUACUAUUUCCCUUCACCCGUUUCUGUGUAUAACUACGAACUUGAACAUGACAUGCUGUAAUGAAGGAUCUCGCAUGGACUGAAAAAUGUCUGGAGGUUGGAAAUAAGAAAAAAGAUACUGCUCUGCACUUCGCAUUUUAGUUUUUUGUGAAGUCCAUACCUCCUCCACAAACUAUAGUACAACUUGCAACGUGUGUGAGUUUUAUUUUUUAAGCAAGCAACUUUUCAGCGUCCAGUCACUUUCAUAUUAAAACCCAG